UUGGCAGAAGAGUGACCCAACUGAUAGGGAAGAUAAGGACAAGAAAAGGGUGUCUUUUAGCAGUAACUGCUCUGCCUCUGGGCUCUGGCCCUAUAUAUGAACCCUUCACUAUGACUCAAUUUCAUAAAUAUAUUCGAAUUAUUGUUCAUUUUCCUCCUUUGGGUAUUCAAUUUUUUUGAAAUUCUUGGAGAAUUUGUUAAGUUUCUUCACUUGGGUUUUCUUCAAAAACCAAUCUUUUUCAUCUCUGAAUUAAAGAAAUUACUACUCUGUACUGCAAAAGUGAAGAAAGACAUGGGUGUUGUUCAUACUCUGCAUUUUGUUUUUGGGAUAUUUGGAAAUGCCUUUGCUCUGUUUCUCUUCUUGGCACCAAUAAUCACAUUCAAGAGGGUUAUACAAAAUCGAUCUACUGAACAAUUCUCUGGCUUGCCUUACGUUAUGACUUUACUCAACUGCCUUCUUUCUGCAUGGUAUGGGUUACCAUUUGUGUCACCAAAUAAUCUGUUGGUGUCUACAAUCAAUGGGACUGGAGCUGUAAUUGAGACCAUUUAUGUGCUGAUCUUCAUUGCAUUUGCACCAACUAAAGAGAAGAAGAAAAUCUCAGCACUUUUUCUAUUAGUCCUUACUGUUUUUGCUGCUGUAGCCCUUGUUUCCAUGCUUGCUUUACAUGGAAGCAAAAGGAAGCUCUUUUGUGGUAUCGCUGCCACCAUCUUCUCUAUCAUUAUGUAUGGAUCUCCUCUAUCCAUCAUAAGACUGGUGAUCAAGACGAAGAGCGUGGAGUUCAUGCCAUUUUUCUUGUCGUUGUUUGUGUUCUUAUGUGGCGCUUCCUGGUUUGCAUUUGGCCUUCUUGGCAAGGACCCUUUUGUUGCUAUUCCAAAUGGUUUUGGUUUUGGUUUAGGAACAGUGCAACUUAUCUUAUAUGCAAUCUACUGUGAGAAGAAGGGAUUUACAAGGAAAUCAACCCUGUUGACGACGGGAAAUGGCAAGUCUCACCAAGAGGAGAAGCAAUCUAACAAGUCAAAGCUUGAGCAAGUUUAGGACAUGAUUGGCUCUAAUUCUUGAAUGAUUUACAUGCUAUAGUGAUCUUUGACAUAUGUUUUAGUAUUGGAUUAGUUCAUGUAUUUGGAAUUUCUUUCCCAAUUAUGUUGUUUUUUUCUACUUUUUCAUCAUAUUUUGCUGCCUGCUCAAAUAAACCAUAUGAUCCUUCUUUUGUUUUCUUCUAAUGAAUGCCUUACUAUUUAGA